CUCAACACACAAUUGAGAAUUCAUAUAGUUGAAGAGAAAUUCCGUUUUACUUCCUAUACUGAGAGGCCUAAAUUAAAAGUCUCUCUUUCUCCUCCAUUUUCCUCACCUCACCAUUUCCAUGGCGGCCUCCGUCGAAAACCGGCAGUUUAGCCACCUUGAACCGGGUUUAACCAAUGUCGUCCGCUUCAAGCCACGCUCCGACUCCCCGAUCCGAGGUUUCAAUAAUUUCCCCCUCAAUUCCGAGCUCAAGUUUCCGAAAAUCCCUAAUGGUAACAAAAACGUUUCUGUCGACGAUUAUUCCUCCGACGAGGACGAUGAUGACGAUAACUUCUCCGAGUAUGCGGUGGCGAUCCGGAAAGGGAAGGCGGAGCUGGAGCCGUCGAUUCACGACUCCAGAGACGAGAACACUUCGGACCAUUGGAUCGUGCGGAACCCGUCGUUGAUCCGGCUCACGGGAAAACACCCCUUCAACUCGGAGCCGCCGCUGGCUCGGCUCAUGCACCACGGCUUCAUCACGCCGGUCCCGCUCCACUACGUGCGGAAUCACGGCGCGGUUCCCGCGGGCGCGUGGAACGACUGGAGCGUGGAGGUCACGGGCCUCGUGAAACGCCCCACGAAGUUCACAAUGGAACAGUUAGUUACGGAAUUCGCGUACCGCGAGUUCCCCGCCACGCUCGUCUGCGCGGGAAACCGCCGCAAGGAGCAGAACAUGGUGAAGAAAUCCAUCGGCUUCAACUGGGGCGCCGCCGCCAUCUCCACCUCCGUGUGGCGCGGCGUCCCGCUCGCUGCCCUCCUGAAACGCUGCGGCAUCUUCAGCCGCAAAAACGGCGGCCUCAAUGUGUGCUUCGAAGGCGCCGAGGACUUGUCCGGCGGCGGCGGCUCGAAAUACGGCACCAGCGUUAGCCGGGAAGUGGCCAUGGAUCCGUCCAGAGACAUAAUCCUGGCGUACAUGCAGAACGGAGAGAAACUCACGCCGGACCACGGCUUUCCGGUCAGGAUGAUCAUUCCCGGCUUCAUCGGCGGCAGAAUGGUGAAGUGGCUCAAGAGAAUUAUAGUCACCACAAAAGAAUCGGAAAAUUACUAUCACUUCAAGGACAAUAGGGUCCUUCCUUCUCACGUCGACGCCGAACUUGCAAACUCAGAAGCGUGGUGGUACAAACCAGAAUACAUAAUCAACGAGCUCAACAUCAACUCCGUCAUUACGACGCCGUGUCACGAAGAGAUCUUGCCCAUCAACGCUUGGACCACCCAACGUCCUUACAUGUUGAGAGGCUACGCUUAUUCUGGUGGAGGAAAGAAAGUGACACGAGUGGAGGUGACGAUGGACGGAGGCGAGACGUGGCUCGUCUGCGACCUCGACCAUCAAGAGAAGCCCAACAAGUAUGGGAAGUAUUGGUGCUGGUGUUUCUGGUCACUCGAGGUUGAGGUUCUUGACUUGUUGAGUGCUAAGGAAAUUGCGGUUCGAGCUUGGGACGAGACUCUUAAUACCCAACCAGAAAAACUCAUUUGGAACGUCAUGGGAAUGAUGAACAAUUGUUGGUUCCGAGUGAAGACCAACGUUUGCAAACCACACAAAGGAGAGAUCGGGAUAGUGUUCGAGCACCCGACCCAACCCGGAGCCCAAUCCGGCGGGUGGAUGGCCAAGGAAAGGCACCUAGAGAUUUCCUCGGACGCGACACCCACACUUAAGAAAAGUGUGUCGUCGCCCUUCAUGAACACGGCGUCUAAGAUGUUCUCAAUGUCGGAGGUGAAGAAGCACAACACCGCCGACUCGGCUUGGAUCAUCGUCCACGGCCACGUGUACGACUGCACGCGCUUCCUCAACGACCACCCGGGCGGCACGGACAGCAUCCUCAUCAACGCGGGCACGGACUGCACGGAGGAAUUCGACGCCAUCCACUCCGACAAGGCCAAGAAGCUUCUAGAGGAUUACCGGAUCGGCGAGCUGAUCACCACGGGGUACACGUCGGACUCCUCCGCGUCCUCCCCCAACAACUCCGUCCACGGCCCGGGCCACCUCGCCCCCAUCAAGGAAAUCGCCGCCCCCAACGCGCCCCAGCGGAGCGUGGCGCUAAUCCCGCGCGAGAAAAUCCCGUGCAAACUCGUCGACAAGAUAUCCAUCUCCCACGACGUUCGCCUCUUCCGCUUCGCCCUCCCGCAGGACGACCAAGUCCUAGGUCUGCCGGUCGGCAAACACAUCUUCCUCUGCGCCGCCAUUGACGAUAAGCUCUGCAUGCGAGCCUACACCCCGACCAGCCACGUCGACCAGGUCGGCCACUUCGAUUUAGUCGUGAAAGUUUACUUCAAAAACGUCCACCCAAAAUUCCCCAACGGCGGCCUAAUGUCCCAAUACCUCGACUCCCUCGAACUGGGGUCCACCCUAGACGUGAAGGGCCCACUCGGCCAUAUUGAAUACCAAGGCCGCGGCAAAUUCCUCGUCCACGGAAAACCCAAACACGCCAAAAAACUCGCCAUGCUGGCCGGCGGGACGGGAAUUACGCCGAUCUACCAAGUCAUGCAGGCGAUCUUGAAGGACCCGGAGGACGACACGGAGAUGUUUGUAGUGUACGCGAAUCGGACGGAGGAGGAUAUUCUGCUACGCGCCGAGCUGGACGCGUGGGCGGAGAAAUAUCCCGACCGGGUUAAGGUUUGGUACGUGGUUCAAGAAUCCAUUGAGGAAGGCUGGAAAUAUAGUACGGGUUUCAUCACCGAGGCCGUGCUGAAAGACCAUAUUCCGGCGGGGUCUAAGACCACGCUCGCGUUGGCGUGUGGGCCGCCGCCGAUGAUUCAGUUCGCCGUUAAUCCCAACUUGGAGAAGAUGGGGUAUGACAUCAAGGAUUCUUUGCUGGUGUUCUAGAUGCAUGGAGGCAAAAUAAAGCAAUCAUAGUUGCAUGCAUGGCCGAAAAUGGCGAUAGAAUAAAGUUAUUUUUUUGUUUUUGUUUUUGUUUUUGUACAUAUAUUGUACCAUUUGUACGCUGUGACAACUUGUAUUAUUAGUAUGUAGUAACUUCUUUUCUUUAUUUUUUUAUUUUGUCAA